CCCCCCCUCACCCCCCCUCUCGGCACUGGAGGCAAGAUGGCCGAGUCCAACGAGUGCUUCAACAUCGGCAGCACCGUAAAUUGCAAGACAUGCUUCAACGAGGACCUGCAGGGGGAAGUGGUGGCCUUUGACCCCCACGUGAAGCUCCUGACCCUCAAAUCCCCUUCUAGCAGUGGUCGCUCGGCGGUGUAUGAUAUUCACAUGGUAAACCUCAGUUAUGUAUCACAAGUCACAGUAACGCGAGAAGCUGCCGGGUCCCCGCUGCCAUCCCUGCCGUCUCUAAACCUAAGUAAGCUUAGUAAUCGGGCAAAGAAAAGUAUAGAUGAAAAACAACGAUUAAUCGAAGCAAUGCAGUCGGGGGUGUCUCCUGUAGGCCAGAAGCUGUUUCUACACAUUCGUAAAACCAUGGAAGAAGUCAAGUGGGCUGGAGUCAGCAUCUUGGUAAUGGGGCAGGUGCUCAUCUCUCCCCCGUACCAGCUUGAAAAUGUCAAGGAGCAGAAGGAAGGCAAGGACGCCAACUCUAAGACGCUCCCCUACGUCAAGAAACUCGUGGACAAGUUCCAUCAAGAUCAACAAAGUCUCUCCCUUAAUAAUGGAACAAGUGCCACACCCGUUGUAGCAGAGGUGCAGCCUGUAUCACAGUAAAGAAGCUAGACACCUAAAGUACGUACAACACCACGAUGGAGAGAAGGGGCAUCUCCCAGGUGAAUGUGCUUUAUAUUUUAAUAAUUUGUUUUUAUAGUGCAGGCCACUCAUGAAGGUCAUGUGUGUGAGAGCAAAUCACUGUGUGACUGAAGAUCAUGACUGGACAAGAGUGAAAGUGAUGGCAGUUGAAUAUGUGCAAUUUAGUUAUUUCUGUUCAUCUGGAUUUUUGGUUUCACUGUGCUAUUUUCAUUCAUCGUCUGUGAACUACAAAGACUUUUUCGGGCUUGUAAAGUAUGCCGUGGAUAGUUUUUGAAAUACUUUGAGCAGUACGUCAUAUAUAACAAAAUACGUUUUUGUAACUUGGCUACCAAGCAUUUCCCUUCCCAGACUGCCAAGAAUGAGCACCAUAUUCCUACUUCAAUAGUUGACAAUGAAAGCUGCAUUUAAAAAUGUUUGAUAGACAAGAAAAAAUAACUAUUCUUAAUAUUGGAAUCUUUUCAUACAUCUUUUUGUUAUGAGCAUUGUGGACAAAAUAUUUAAAUACUGGAAAGCGAAUCUCUAGUUUUAUAUAAAUUGAUCGCAUCCCAUUGAGGAGUGAGACCUGGCCCGGGGCGAUGGGUUGACAAAAUGAGGUCCUAGUUUUUGUAUAUAAUGUUUCAUCUUUGGUCCAUAUUGAUUAUUAAAGUCAAGCCAGUCAUGUUAAAUAUGUAAAUAAAUAAUUGUUAUAUGCCACAUAAAUCUACACAUCUUCAGUAUUUUCUUGACAUUUUUCUGAAAUAGGGUUAAAUACAUGCAGCUAAUGGAAGGACAAAAGCAAUAGCACUCCUUAUGCAAGCAGUUAGCAGGCUGAUGAAAGGUGUCAGCUGAUCGGGGGGAGAUUGAUCACUUAUUUACCGAUACUGAAUGGAUGGUUGAAACUUAUUGCAGCUUAGAUUUAUCUUUUUUCUUUUGGAAGGUAAUGUAAAAAGAUGUAAUUCACUCCACCAACUAUUUUGCACACACAAAUAUUCAUAUAUAUAUAUUUUUUUUCCUUUCUUUUUCACAUGGUCAUCUCUUUUUAUUUAUUUAUCUUACACCACAUAUUUCAAGCAUUUUAUUGUUUGUACUACAUAUGUGCUGCUUUAUACCUUAAUUAUAUAUUUUAGAAGCUGGUUAUCACUAAUUUUCAUAAAAGAUAGUUUUUAUACAGUUGAAAUCAUGUCAUCUGGCUUUGUGUAAAAACUUAAUACAAGAUGCAGAAGAGGCCAUGAUGCACUUACUUUCUUAAACCUGGCAAUGUCAACACCACUUACUGUUACAAUGCGCCAUGGCUUGUUACAUGAACAGACAGUGGCUACUUUAGUUCUCCAGAAAUGAAGCUGGGUUUAUAACCUCCUACCUUUACAUUUGUUGGCAUAAGUUCUUUCAGUCAUGAUUUUUAAUAAUAAAUUAAAUUUAGCAAAAGUAUAAUUGCAAAAUUAUUGUAAAGGAUUAUAGAAACUAAAAUGCAGCACAUGAAAAUGACACCGGUCUUGAUAGCCUUGCUAAGGUUACAAAAGUUGGUUAUUAAUGAAACAUAAUGAAAAAAGGUUAAUCAAGUAAUUACUAAAUUGUGACAUUCAUGAAUUUAUAGUGGACAAGAUAUGGCAUUUCAAUCCCUAUGAUGCCUCUGGUUUUGAGAGAAAUAUGUAAAACCUUUUUUGAAUUUUCUGAAAACUUUUGUUGCCAGUUUAGAGGAUGAUGGACUAGAGUCACUAGACCAUCAUUGUUAUCCCAAGAACUCAUAAUGGUUUUAAGUACUAUUCCUGGCAGGGUGCAGGACUGGAAGUGAAAAUGUAAGUGCUUGAAUAGGGAAAAGAUCAGCCAGUGAUAUGAUCCAGAGUGACUUUUCACACAAGCAUACGGCUUUUUCACUUUAUCCUAAGAUAGAAUCCAGCCAGUCCUCAGUCUUGCAUCCUUGCUGUCUGUCCAUCUCCAAUCAUUAAUGGGUGAAAAUGACAUUUAUAGUAAGGUCACAUUACAAAUGGUGAUUUUUUUAUACUUAUAUUUACAUUUAAUUUCUGCAUAAAUUAAACUAAAUCAACAACUUUAAAUACUAAUAAUCUACACUGGACUGCACAAACAUCUCCACUGUAUGACUGACUGGUUUCAGAAGGAUUAUGUAUUAUUUUGGAAUCCCUAGUUUUUAGAGGUAGUCUCAUUCACUGAGAGCUGACAAAGAGCUGUUUACUGAUUGCAGGAUGCUUUGAAGAUUCACAUGGACCAAGGAAAUUUGUCAUUUGUUACUGAAUGGCUCCUGCAGUAAAGAAAAAAGGUGAAACCAAGGUAAAUUCAUACUGAUUUUGAUGGAAUGAUGUACCGGCUCCCUAUUCUUAGCCACACAUUCUGACCACUUCCAUAAUAAAGGAUUGGUACUUUAGGGGAAACUGAACAUUUCUGUAUGAAAAUACCAUGCAAUUCAUGCUGAAAAUUAGAGUUCAUCAUAAUAUGCCAAAAGCAGGAAUGAAACAAGUGCAUUAGGGAACUCUUUUGUUACUUUGUGAACUGUCAUUCAUGAAAAUAAGGAAAGGUUGUGGGUGUAGUUAAUGAAAAAUUAUCCACUGAAUAGUAUUUAUUGUACUUCAUAAUUUCUGGCAUGUGAUAACUGCACACUGUUAUAGUUCAUUGAAUUUGAGGAAAUAUUAUUUUAGGAGAGUCAGGUAAGGAGGUUACCAUGUGGUUGUUAUCUUGAAAAAUAAAUAUUUAAACAUUCUAAAAGACCCUAAUGUAAGGAAUUUAUAGUACUCAGGAAUUUUCCUGAUUAUAUAUUUAUUGAAAUAAAUCAUUAUAAUUUUUCAAUUUGAGAAUAUAUUUUCAGAGCAAAUGAUAUGCAAUUCAAUAGUUUUCAAUCAAGUAAUGCUGGUUAAACAGGGAUGGCAUGUACUUGAGUUUAUUUAAGUUAUUAAAUUUGUUAAGGGUGCAUCAUUACUCCUCUCGUGUAGUAAUAUUGUACUGUGGGAUGUGUAUUGGUGCGUGAAAAAUUAAUGUGCAAUGAGACUAAGCAAACAAAAGGUCCAAGGAGCAGCACCGUAAAUUGCCCCAUGUCACAAUAAAAAAGGAUUUGUUAAAUGUCAUUCAGUAAUUAUGCUUGGUAACUAAAUAAAAAUCUGUAUCUUUAACUUCCUUCAGGAGUCUCAGCUACACUGCAUAGGAAGGUGAAGGCAUAUUGAUAAAGAAAAUAUAUGCCAAAGUAUAACGAAAAUACGUGAAAAUAAAUACUAAUGCAAAUUAUAAAAUAACCUAGAAACAAACUUGGUGGAUGAAACUGUAAAAUAUUGACCUUACAAGAUGUAAGUGGGGCAUUAAACAAUUUAGCAAACUAUAAAUUCUCAAUAAAUUUUCUUGUUCAAGUGGAUGGUUGUAAUUUUGUGUUCAAUCAUAUUGUAAUUAUACUCAAGUCUUUUGGGACAAAUAAUGGUGAUCAUGACACCCCCGCAUGAAAAUGUUUGAAUAAAGUGACUUUAGCAUUAUGUUUAUAAGGAACAGUCUUGUACACUCUCAGGAGGCACAUUCCCCAUGUGUUCAUAUUUUGUUAAAAAAAAAAAGAACAAAUUGAUAUUUUAACUGAAUACAGGCAACUCUCGCUAUAUGAUGAUGGAUUUAUGUACUAAUAGUCUGAAUACGAUCCCCUACAAUCGGUCUGUGAUUGGUGUUGCAAUCAUGUGAUCACCAUGCCGCACGAGUUGUGGUACAAUCAUAUGGUCAUCACGCCACAGCGGUGGAGCAUCACAUUAUCACUACGACACACGGGGGAGAGCGUUCCCAAACCACGCUACUGCUCAGUCUCUGUCUGCCAUCGAACAUGUCCAUAUGAUUUUCCUUAGAUUCACUGACAACAAAGACUAAGCUUACAGCCUUUCUCUGCAAAGAGUAAGCUGCCAGAAUCUCUUCAUUCCAGCGUCAGAUUACCUCCCUACUCUCAGAUGAAGAGAAUGAAUUCUUAUUAAGACCUAUUUCAAGUUAUAAAUUCUAAUGUUUAAGAAUUCUUUUAAUGUCCAUUUUCUUUUCUUUAUUAUUCCAUUAAUUAUGUAAUUUUCUUUAAUGUAAAUGAUUUUAUUUUAUUUUAUUUUUAAAUCAUUAAUGCAAAUAAAUGUUCAAGUUUGUUGGGGGUCCCUUUUAUCUUUUACUAUUAUUUUUUAGUGGCUGUUCAAACUCUUCAUAAUGCCGUCAGUUGGCAAUUGAUCACUUAAUCAAUUUUUGAGGAGCGUAGCUCAUUCAUAUAGCGAGGGAUGCCUGUAUUUGUUAAGUUUUUGUGGUGCACCAGUUCACAAGUUUUUCGGUAAGCAUUGAUAGUUAGGAUUUUUUUCCUUGCCAACACUACACUGUUUUUAUUGUCUAGUGCUAGAAUGUCACAAAUUCAGUUCAUUUUCAAAAUUCAUUGGAUGCUUGGGGUAGUUUAUCUCUAUUUUCCAUGCUGCAAGUGUAAUGGAAGAGUGGUUUACAGCAUAGGAAAAUUAAUAGCAAAAGGUUGUAUUGGUAUGUUUCAGGUAUAAUACAUAUACCAGUUCAUGAUAAUCCAAUUCACAUCACACCACUACUAAUGUAAUACAAUUGAAGGAGGCUGUGAUACAAUGGACCAAAACCAUGCAUUGCAAUUUCAGUAAAAUGAAAUCUUUUUGGCUCACAAGUAGACAGCUGUGUCAGAAACUUUUCAACAUAUUCCACUGUGUAACUUCAUCAUUAAUCUGAAAUUGGGAAAUGAUAAUCAAAUGUACUCAGAAUAUUCAGUAAUAAUUAAAUGCAUCAUUGAUGCCCACUUGUACAUCUGCAUUGUUAUUGAUUUUUAAUGAAAGAAUGGCUGAAAACAGCACAUGCUAAGAAAUUCACAAUUAUGUAUCACAGUAAUGUGUUAAAGCAUGUUCAGAAACCAGAUCCAAUAUGGGAACCAAAUUUAUAUUUAACAACACUCUAGACCAUUUGUUCUUGAAACAGCUGAUGUUGAAAUGGUAAAGAUUGUUUGGCACAUGCUGGGACCAACAUAUUGGCUGGCAAAUAAGUACAACUGUAGCUUUCUGUUGUUGCAUCUUUUGGGAGUUGUACACCAGCUGCCCAAGCCCCCUUGUUGUUUAUGACAAGGAUUAAUCCAUAUUGGGGUUUCUCUGUAUCAAAGGAAUGAAAUAAGACUUGAGGCAAGUCUUAAGUCACCACUGAAGAUGGAAGAUAAGGUGGCAUACAUGAAAACUCAUACUUUGUUGUGAAUACAGAAGUGAAACAAAGUUGUAAGCAAAGAAUGUUGAAGCACUCAGGCUUAGUAUACAGAUUACACAGUAGAAGCUUUUUGGUUUAUGCUCUACUGUAUAAUUAGGAGCCCUAGGCCGGGUGAUUCUUUUUUACAAGGUUGAGCUGAAUGGUGUGAUGGAAAAAGCUCGUGUUAGGAAUCCUUUUUAUAAUGUGAGAAGUGUGAUUGCAAGGAGAGGGUAAAACAGGAAAGCUAUGCAUCUUACUGUUGUAAUUAUUUAUGAUUGUUUCAUAUUGAGUAUGAGAUUUUGUUUUCUUUUUGAAUAUAUCUUUUUUUAUAUAGAAUUCAUUUGAGACCAUAUAGAUAUUUAAAGUAUGAAAAUGAUGCUAAUUUAGUAAAAGUGGAUCAUAUGUAAUUUAUGACCUGUAAAAACUGUCAAUAAAGACAAAUAUAGA